UCAGCUUGAGCGGACGGAUGGAGGACACCCCCGCCCCCCCUUCUCUGUGACGAAGCGGACGGCCGUCCGGAUCUUGCCCUGCAGCAUGAGUCUGUUGAAGAUGCGGUAGACGGACUCGUCGUCAAGAGGGGGCUGAGUGGUGGCGAGCUGAUGGUCCAGUCGCUCAGCCUCGCAGAGCUCCUCCACCAGCCCGGCCCGCCACAUCUCCAGCCGCCGCCAGACCACCCGGCGGAUGUCCUUGGUUUGCCGCACAUCGGGAUCUCGCUGGAUCAGUGUGCGGAUGAAGACGAAGAGCCGUUUUGCAGGCGCCUCCUGUCCGGCAAUGC